AUGGGUCAAUCACAUUCAGCUAAAUUUAAUAAAUUAUUUACAUUAAUAUGUACAGAUAAUAGUGAAGAAUUACAACAACAAUUACGUUCAUGUUCAUCACCAGAACAAACAGCUAAUUUAUCAAAUCUAAGUGAUAUUGAUGAAGGAGUAACAUUAUUAAUGUAUGCUGCAUUUUAUGGAAAUAAAACAAUAUGUCAAUUAUUAAUAGAAUCAGGUGCAUAUGUAUUUCGUCGAGAUAAUAAAGGACGAAAUGUUCUUUAUCAUGCUAUUACUAGUCAAUCAUAUCAUGUUGUAAAAUAUUUAAUUGAAAAUAUUAUGACGAAUGCUGAUAAUGAUGUACGAGAGAAGUUUAUUAAUAAUCAAGAUAUUAUGGGAGAAACGUGCUUACAUGAAGCUGUUAAAGUUCAUGCUGUAUCAUGUAUAGAAUUACUUCUUAAAUAUGAUAUCGAUGUAAAUAUUGUUAAUAAUGAUGGUAUUACUGCUCUUCAUCGUGCUGUUGAUCUUGGUCAUCAAGAUAUUGUUCGUCUUUUAUUAAAAUAUAAAAUUGAAUUAAAUACAAAAGAUGCAUCUGGUUGGACACCAUUACAUGUUGCAUCAGCACAUAAUGAUAUUGAACUUGUGCGUUUACUUGUAAGUCGUGGUGCAAAUCUUAAUGCAACUGAUUAUCAAGGACAUUCACCACUUAAAUGGGCACGUGAAACAGGUUCAAGAGAUGUAUUUACAUAUCUUAAAGCUCAAGGUGCAAAAGAAUAUGAUUCAUCACAAAUACAACAGCAACAACAACAACAACAACAACGUUCAAGUAUAAAAAAGAAUAGUUUAUCACCGAUUUAA